UCGGCUCGGGUUACCUGGGCGGGCCGCGGCGCGGCUCUUCCCGUCUGGCCCGGCCCCCGCGACGGGAAGUGGGAGCGAGGGGCCGCGCUACGGCCGGCCGGGAGGCCGGAGCCAUGGAUCCUGGCGGAGCCUCGCCGCGCUGCCGGCUUCUCCUCGCCGUCUGCUGGGUGGUCGCCGCGGGGACGGCGGCAGAAGCAGAAGUUCUUCCACCUCCAUCCAACCUGGAAUACUCAUUUAUACAAAUCUGCACCCUGAACUGGACCUGGAGCCCCCCAGAGAACAUCAGCAGUAGCUGCGACCUGGAGUAUUCCAGCGACAUUGUGAUUGGUGAGGUCCCUCAGGACAAAAGAGAAUGGAGUAAGAGUUGCUUCCGUGUGACGGAUAUGUUCUUGAAUGAGGAAAUGCGUUUCAAAGUGAGAAGCGAAUGCAAGCACAAUAACGCCAGCAAGCCCAGCCGGUGGGUGGAGACGUCCCUUCUGCCGAAAGGUAUUCCAGGUACUGCUGCUGUUGACUUGAGCUGCGUUUGGCACAAUUUGGAGUACAUGGUUUGUACGUGGCGUCCUGGGGAGAAUGCGAGCAGUGAUACCAAUUAUACAUUGUUCUACUGGUUUGAUGGUUUGAAAAACCAUAAGAAGUGCAGCAACUAUUCUGUGCACCAAGGAAUCUUUGGAUGCAUUUUCAAUCUUAGCUUCCCAAAACUCACCAAUACUUACCCGGCUAUAAGUAUCUUGAUUAGAGAUGAUUCUGAAGAAAUUAGGCCUGUGUGUGCAAGUAAAAAUCCCACCACCCUUGUAAAACCUGCUACACCAAGACAAGUUACACUGUCAAAGAUUAAUGAUGAAAUACAUGUAGAAUGGAGUCAAUCAGACACCUUUCCAAAAAAUUGUUUAUUUUAUGAAGUUGAAUAUCACAAUGGUGAUUUGGACACCGCUCUGAUAAUUAAAGUUGAAAAUACUAGUAUGUCAAUUCCUGGCGUUGAUCCUAAUAGCAAGUACACCUUCAAAGUGAGAGCAAACCCAAAGCCCGAGUGUUACAGCAGCAAGCUCUAUAGUGACUGGAGCGAAGAAAAGAGUAUUGGUGAGGAGAUGGACUCUACAUUCUAUGUUGUUUUAAUAAUUGCCAUUCCAUUAAUAGUAGCAGUAUCUACUAUAAUUCUGCUAGUUUAUCUAAAAAGGCUGAAGAUAUUAAUUCUUCCACCAAUUCCGAACCCUAGAGAAAUUCUUAAGCGCAUGUUUGGAGAGCAGAAUGAGGAUUCCCAGAGCUGUGCAAAGGAUGAUUCUGUGAAUGCUUAUGACAGGUUACUUAAGGAAGAAGAAGUCCAUUCUUUAAUUUUAACAGAAACUCCAGAGUACGCUAAUUCUGAAAAAGAAAACUGAUAUACUCUGCUUUACCAGUGAAAAAUGAGGGAACUUUCAUUCCUGCUCCCAUACCUCAGGUGACAAUACAGAUGUGAAGAGACCUGCAAGACAUGCACCAACUUUCACCUUAGUGAGUCCUCUCUGAGCCUUCCUUCUCUGAUGCUCAGAAGGUACAUCACUAACAGUAGCCAUUCCUGCAUCUCUGCUAGAAAUACUCAUCUUGGGUCAUUCAAGAUGAGCAUGUACAUAAAUUUCAUGGGACUGCAUUGCAGCAUAUCUCAUUCUGGCUCCAGCCAGCUCUGCCCUAUUAACUUGUCAUUUGCACUUGUGUUUGUGCCUCACAUUAGACUGUAAAUGGGUUUUUUGGAGCAAGCGCUGUGCCUUCUCUGAAGUAUUUGGCUCUAUUUUGCAGCAGGUGAGAUGAGGCUUGUUUACAGUAGAUGGCUCAUUACUGCUACUACGUGGAAGUGCUGCCAGGUAGGAUGCCAGAGCAUGGACUGUUUGUGGAUGGCCUGUUUGUGUGCUCCGGGGCAGGGCGCUUUCCAGAGGGCAUUUAUGGACUGACCUUCUUAUGCUUCUGGUUGUUGUGCGUCAGCUCUGGCCUGGUCAAACCCCAUAAAAGAGGGUUGUUUUUUCUUUAAAGAUGUGUAUGAAAAGCCUCUCUGCUUCCCAGCUGUAUUCAGACUAUUCAUAGAAAAGGCUUAGUUUUUUUUAUCCUUUCAAGUGCCUGUCCUCACGUGCCUUGCCUUCAUGGACUUCUUGGGUUAAUUAUACUUUGUUUAAAAUGAUAAAUAGAAUUUUUUACUUGUGCUGUGCAGUGGCAGAUAACUGUAUUGAGUCUCACCAGACUGUGAUUCUACUUUGGCCAUAUUGGCCUGAAAACACCUGGUUUUUGGAAGCUAAGUCAUCCUGAGUCUGUCCAGCAAAAUUACCAGGAUGUAUGCAUGAGUCUAAGGAGCUGUGGUCAAACUGAUUAGCAAGUGCUAAACCACUGAAACUGAAUUAAUUCAAGGGCUUCAAGACCCAUCCUUACUGCUGAGCUGAUGGAUUUGGGGGAAGAGGGGAUGACAACCUUGGCCUGCUUUCUAAGGGAUAAGCUGUAUUCUUUCUAUAGUGAUGAGGCUGUGAUUUGAACUUCCCCUCUAGGAGCUUAGUAAUUUAAAACAAGGUGCUGGUUUGACUUUUAAAAAAAAUUUUCUUCUAGAUUUUACUGCUGCAGCUUGAUGACUUUUUUUUUUUUUUUUUUUUUCCAAAUCAUGAAUUGAUUUGUUAAUUUUCUAACGGUUUUGUUUUGAGGUUGCAUUACCCAGCAGAGCUCAACAGAUGUUUUCUGGCACAACUGUAACAUUUCUUUGCUCUGAAUUCUGAGCACUGGUUUCUCCCCUGUGCUGCAAGGGUGUGUACCUUGAUUGUGCAGGAGGCAGAAAGUAAUGUAAUGGGGAGAAAGGGAUCCAUGCAAGCUGUUUAUGGUUAGUGUUCAGGAAUUUCUUGCUCCUCCCAGCUAAGUGCAGACACGUUAAUCAUUGAUGUAGUCUUAGCGGACUGGGAAGAGAUCUCCUCAGAAGUUUGCUAGAAGCAAACUCUAUAGCCACUAACCUUUUAAAGUUCAGCCCUGUCCUCAAACCCCAUUCAAUCAAAAAUCUGAAAUGAAAUGCUGUAUUUUUAGAACAUAUUGUUCUGCAAGAAGUAGAACUGACGGAGCUUGCUUUUUAGCUACAAAUUUACAUCAUUCUAAUGUACUCCCUCCCUCUCAAUAAAUCCGAUUCUUUUCCCAGUCCCCACUGAGCCUCUGAAAUAUAGUUUCCUCCACAUCUCUUACCUACCUCUCGUUCCUGGUGGUAGAAAGGGGAGGAGUAAUGUAGCAGAACUAGCGGACCCCAUAUUAGCUUAAAUCUUUUACUUACAAUCAGGCUAAAAAAAAAGACAUUCUAAAAAUUGGUUAAUGACACAAAAUGAGAAUAAAGCCUCAGGGAUUUCAGUGAGAUAAAACAGAACUCAGGUUAUACAAAGUCAGCUAGCAGCACUAUCUGAUAUUCCAGAGGUAAAGGAAUAGCGUGGGGGAAAGGGUAAUUAAAUUCCUGUGCCAACUUCACUCCCUCUCCCCCACAACAUUUAUAUCAUUAUAGCAAUAUAGAUAUUUCUCAAAUCUACCUCAUCUAGAAUGUUGCUCAUCAUAGACCACUAGACAAACAGAAAUGUAUGAUUUCAAGAUAAGUAAGUGUAACGGUGUAAUAUAAAGUUUUGUGGCUUUCAGUAUAGCAAUCUAGAGAGAUGAUCCUCGGUACUUUACCCUAAAUUCUUUUGACUUUUGAUGUUUAUGGUAAAACCAAAGCUUAUUUGUUUGAAAAACAAAAAAACCCACCACCAACAAAAAACCAAAUUCAUAAAGCCAAAGGAGUAGAAAAAACAGACAGAAGGUGUUAGGCCAAAAAGAAGACUUAAAUGCAGAGGAUGGUUUAGAUCAUAUAGAAAUGUUUUGGGUAAUUCUUUGUUUCCCAAAUAAUAGUAAUUGACACACUUCCUAACGGAUGGAUUUCUUGAGCCUGUGUUUUGGCAUGUAAAGUAAGCAUCUGAGUAUAUUUUCAUCUUUAAUGUGUUGUGUUUAUGGUUAGGGGUUUUUUUAGCUUGAAAUUUUCCAACUUUUGCUAUCAUUUGUUUGUUCUUCAUUGCAGUUACUUGAUCUGUAAGUUUGUUUAAAGAAUGAAUAAAUAUGUUUGAAUGUUUUUCAAUAUAA